AUGCAAAGCUAACUCAGCCAUCCAAAAACUUUGUUUGGUUGUUUUUGGCCUUUUUCCCUCCUGGCUUUGGCGUGCCAGACUGCCAGCCAACAAUCUAUUUUCUUGGCUAAUUUCAAUUUCAUUAUUUUUUUUUUCUUUUUGAUUUUUCAAGAUUUGAACAACCCAUCAAACCUCCUCUAUAAAUCAAUCCAUCAUAUCCAUUAAUCCCAGUCCCCUCAAACACUUUUCUCCUCCUCCCUUCUCCUCCGCCGUCGCCGCCGCCAAUGCUGCCGCCGCCGCCGCUGGAAAAAAAGGGUUAAAAAAAUGAAGGAGUUUUGGACGACACUCGCGUCAGUAAUGGGGGUCUGGGCUUUCUGCCAGAGCCUUCUGCACGCGGUGUUCCCUCCGGAGCUCCGUUUCGCCACCGUGAAAUUCUUCCACCGCCUCUGCAGCUGGUUCUCCGCCUACUGCUACUACGACAUAACGGAGAUCGACGGCGUGAACACCAACGAGCUCUACAACGCGGUGCAGCUCUACCUGAGCAGCUCGGCGGGGGUGAGCGCGGGCAACCGGCUCAGCCUGACCCGCGGCCUCAACUCCAGCACCAUCACCUUCGGCCUCAGCAACAACGACAGCCUGGCAGACAGUUACAACGGCGUGCGCGUGGUGUGGGAGCACGUGGUGACUCCCCGCCAGUCCACGGCCUUCACGUGGCGCCCACUCCCGGAGGAGAAGCGUGGGUUUCUCCUCCGGGCUAAAAAGAAGGACAAAGCCACCGUCCUCGGCGCCUACCUCGACUUCGUAAUGGAAAGGGCCAACGAGAUACGCCGCAAGAACCAAGAUCGGCUCCUCUACACCAACUCGCGGGGCGGAUCUCUCGACUCGCGCGGACACCCCUGGGAGUCCGUCCCGUUUAAGCACCCCAGCACGUUCGAGACGCUCGCCAUGGACCCCACACGAAAGGAGGAAAUCAUGGCCGACCUUAAGGAUUUCGCCAACGGGGAAGCGUUUUAUCAGCGGACCGGGCGGGCUUGGAAACGAGGGUACCUUCUUUACGGCCCGCCCGGGACCGGAAAGUCCAGUAUGAUCGCCGCCAUGGCUAAUUUCUUAGGCUACGACAUCUACGACCUGGAACUCACCGAGGUCCACACAAAUUCCGAGCUUCGAAAGCUCCUUAUGAAAACAAGCUCCAAAUCCAUCAUAGUAAUUGAAGACAUUGAUUGCUCCAUAAACCUCGCCAACAGAAAAAAAUCCGGCAAUAAUUACGGCAAGCCCGGCCGGGACGCCGCCCCACGGUUCUGCUCCGCCGCCGCCGCCGCAGCAGGCGGCGGCGGCGGCGCAGACGACGGCGCCACCAACACCAUCACCCUCUCCGGCCUCCUUAACUUCACGGACGGAUUAUGGUCCUGCUGCGGGAGCGAGCGGAUCUUCGUGUUCACCACCAAUCACGUGGAGAAAUUAGACCCGGCAUUGCUCAGGAGCGGCAGAAUGGACAUGCAUAUCCAUAUGAGCUACUGCACUUUUCCGGCCCUGAAAAUCCUGCUCAAGAACUACCUGGGCUACCAGGACGCCGCCCUCUCCGGCGACCUGGAGGACGUGAUUGCGGCGGCGGAGAUGACGCCGGCGGACAUCAGUGAGGUGCUGAUAAAGAACCGGAGAAACAAGAAGGCGGCGGUGGGGGAAUUGGCGCAGGUUUUGAGGGCGAGAGCAGAGGUGAAUAACAGGGCAAAGUCCGGGGAGAGCAGAGAUGAAGAAGAGCAAGAGAAGAGGGCACUGGAGAGCCCCAAAAAUAACAAAUGUGGGGUUGAAUUGGAAGAAGAUGGGGAAAUGGAAGAAGAAGGGGAAGAAGAAGAAAAUGAUGGAAAGGAGUUGCAUUGAUGAUAUGAUGAUUCUUUUUGGGGCUCAAAGCUUUUUGUUUCUUUUUGGGGACAAGAAGAUCAGAUGGAGAAGACAAACAGGUUGCUGUUUGAUUCUUCAACAAGAGGAAUAUAAAUUAUUAUUGUUGUUAUUAUUAUUUUUAUUAUUGUUAUUAUUACUACUCUUUGAAGAUGAAUUUUGUGGAUGGGCUUUCUCUACUUGUGUGGCCAUAUUCUUAAGAUGAUACAACACUAAUUUCAAUUCUCUGCA